AUGGCAACUAAAUAAAAAUCAAUUGAAGAUUAUAGAAAUGCUGUGAAGUUAUUAAAAUUAAAAGUGCUAAAAUUACAAAAGCAAAAUGAAGAGCUUUUAGACAAACUAAGAGAGCAAGGAAUUCCAUUGGAUUAAUAGCAUGAUUAAAUUGAUUUAAGUAAUCAAGCAGUUAUGGGAAUUUUUUCAAGAAGUUGUAGAAGGAUUGGACUAACUCCAGAAAUGAUGUUUAGAGCAUCUGAUAGGGAAGGAUAAGGAUAGAUAAGUACUGAAGAUAUGAGACUAUUUUUAUCGAAAGUUAGAUUAGGUUUGAAUAAUACCUAAUUAACUAUGUUAGUAAGAAUUUUUGAUGAGGAUUGUUCAGGAGUGAUAAAGAGAGAAGGUAUAAUAAAAAAAGUAAUAUAGAAUAUUAUGAUUGUUUGUAAGCGUAUGGAAUAAAUGAAGAAAAAGUAUAAGGUUAAGCUAGAACCUAUGGUUAAGAGAGUCUGUUAAAAUAUGCUCGUUUAUUAUUGAUGAAUAGAAUGUCAGUUGAAGAUUCACUUAAAAAAAUGGGAGAUAAUAUAAUUCCAUCGCAUUUUGUGUAAUUGUGUAAAUUAUCAUAAGGUCUUUCAUUCAUGGAAUUGAUGGAUCAAGUUUAUUAAAUGAAAAAGAGAUUAUAGCUGUAUUUAAUCACAUAGAUGUCAAUAAAAGUGGAGUACUUUAAGCUACAUUUUAUGAUUAAGAAGUUCGUAAAGCAAUGAGAGUAGCAUAAUCUGAUAUAGGUUUGGGUGUUCAAAUCAAUCCAAGUAGUGGAGGAGGAGGAGGAAAUCCAAUACCUAAAGCUUAACCUGUAGGUAUCUUGAAACCAUCUCAAAAUUCAUAAUAAUUGGAUCCCUUUAGAAUGACUCAAACAUAAAUGGGUUAAUCUAAAUCAGGUAUGAAUAUGUCAUCUUCACAUGCAUUUUUAAAUGAAACAAUAAUUAUGUUGACAGAUGAGGAUAGGAAGAAUAUACAAACAAUAAUGACAAAAUUAAAAGCUUAAGGAGUUGAUGCUAUUGAGUUUAUAAGAAAUGUUAUUUAAUAAUUAGAAGUACCAGAUGCAGGAAUUAUGUUAUAUGAUUUUUAUAAGAGAUUUGAUAAGAAGAUUCCAAAAAGUGAUUAAUUAUCAUUUUUUAAUGCUAUUGAUUUAAAUAAAAAUGGAUCAAUAGAUUAUGAUGAAUUAAUGGUGUUUUUUUAAGAAUUUAAGGCACCAAAAGAUAAUUUCGAUUUAUUGUUUGAAAUUUUAACAAGAAAAUUGUAAGCUUUAGAAAUAGGGAUAGUUUAACAUUUAGCUUCUGAAUAAAUUUAUGAAGAUACAUAAUUGACUCAAGAUUAAUUUUAUUAAUUGGCAUAGAUUUUAUUCUCAUGUCCAUCCAAAAAACAUUCUGAUGCUCUAUUUUCUUAUUUUGAUAUUGAUGGAUCUGGAGUUUUAUCAGCAUAAGAAAUUAUAGAUUAGGUUUAAAAGAUUUUAUUAAUAUAUGUUCCUUAAAAAACAAUGAAUUUAGAUAAUACACUUAAUAAAUCAAUGAGAGCUUCUCUUAAAUCAGUAGGAGAAUAUGCAACAACAUUAUCAAAAUUAAAACCUGUAAUAAUGGAGGAGGAUUAUUUUGGUAAGUACAGAAUGGAAGGAAGUGGAAAAACUUUACAUAGAGAAGAAACCAAAUGGACAACUAUAUUUAAUUCAGAUUUAGCAUGUUUAAGAUAUGUUUAUGAAGAAAUAUCAAAAUUAGAAUAGAAUCCAGGUACAAAAUGGGAAGACCCAGAUUUUGGACCAACUAAAGAAGAUCCUUAUGGUAGUAAGAGUAUGUAUUUUGCUGAUAAUGAUGUACCAGAAGGAGCUCCAUAGCCUAAGGAAUGUAAAUGGUUGAGACCUGAGGAAUUCUUGGCUGCUAUAGUAGAGAAUGGAGAUGAAUAAUAUAAAAAUAGUCAUGUUGAUGUAUUUGAUGAGGAUGGAGCUGCUUCAAAUGAUGUUUGUCAAUCAAAAUAUUUAGGUAAUUGUUGGUUUGUUUCUGCUUUAUCAAUCAUAUCAGGAUAUGAGUAAUAUUUGUAAGGUGACUUUGUUAUUACUCAUGAAUCUAUAUAAGAAUUAACAGAUGAAGAAGUCAAUGGAAUGCUUAUUGGAGUUUAUCCACCAUGUUUUAAAUUCUUAAGGAAAUAUGGUCUAUAUGUAAUGAGAUUCUUUAAGAAUUUUGGAUGGAAGUAUGUUGUUAUAGAUGAUAAAUUAUGUGUAAAAGAUAAUGAAUAUGUAUUUGGUAAGUGUAGAAAGCCUACAGAAUGUUGGGUUAAUUUAAUUGAGAAGGCUUAUGCAAAACUUCAUUAAAAUUACUUUGCUUUAACAGCUGGAGAUAUUGCUUAAGGAUUAGCAGAUAUGACUGGUAAGGUACCUGACAAAAUUAAAUUGAGUGAAGAAUGUACAAAAGCUGAAAAAGAAGACCUAUGGAAUCUUUUAUUAAAAUGCAAAAAAGAUGGAACAAUGUUGGGAUGUAGUGCAGAAGGAGGAACUGAAUUAUAUAUAAAAAUAAAUGAUGAAGAUACAGGUGUUAUGAGUGGACAUGCUUAUGGUAUUUUAGAUAUGUUUGAAAUACCUGAUUAGAGUUGCAAUAAUUAUCAUAAAUCACAUAGAAUAUUAAAAAUCAGAAAUCCUUGGGGAUAUGGAGAAUGGAAAUUAAAAUGGUCAGAAAAUCCUGAUUAUUCUGCUAAAUUAGAUAAAUGGAUUGAUUGGAUUAAUGAUUAUUAUUAAAAGGAAAUUGAAAAGGCCAAAUAAGAAGGUAAAGAACCUCCAGAACCAUAUGUUUAUGGAUAAGAUGAUGGUACAUUCUUUAUGUGUUUCAAAAGUUGGAGAACUGUGUUUUCUAAUUUAUUUUAAUGCAUGUAUAAAGAUAUCAAUAAAUUAAUAGUGACUUUCCUAAAGAUUGGAGUGGAUUGAGAGCAUUUGAUUAAUUUGGACUUUAGAGUUCAGGAGCUCCAAUGAAGAAUGAGGCUUCAUUAAUUUAAUAUGCCUAAAAAAACCCAUAAUACAUUCUUGAGUUGAAAAGAAAGAAAGGAGACAAAACUAAUAUGUAUAUAUAAAUGUAAUAGACAGAUGGUAUAAAUAAUUAAUUAUAAUAAUAGGACGUUUGUUUUUGGGAGAAAGAUAUCCAUUCCCAAAUGUGAUGAAACCAAUAUUACUUUGUGUAUUUUCUUUAGGAUAAACAGAUAAAUGUUUAUAAAAAUUUGAUGAUAAAAAGAUAGUAGCUUCUUCUGGUAAGUUGAAUUUGAGAAGAGAAAUCGACACUAAUGAUAUCUCUUUAAGUAAUGGUAGAUAUGCAGUUAUACCAUGUACAAAGGAGGGAGCUUAAUAAAUUGAUUUCACAUUAAGCUUUUACUUUGAUUGUGAUAAGAGUGAAAUUAGUAUCACAAAAUAUGGUGAUCCUCGCUUUAAACUUUAUCCUAUUACAGAGGAAGAAGAGGAAGUAAGUAAAGUACCUGAGGAAUUGAAGAAAUUAUUAAAAAAACAAGCUUAAGAAGUAUUAAGUUAAUAAUGA